AUGGUAGCUGAGAUUGAUCUAACAAUGGAAGAAUACAUUCGACGUGGUCAAGUACGUGAGAUUCAAUAUACAUAUCUUGGUCUUAAGAUUCAGAACGAAUUGAUACUAAUAUUAGCACGCGAGGCGAGAAGCGCAAUUGUUGCAAAAGUAAAACAUGCAAAAUAUUUUUCUGUCAUACUUAGUUGUACUCCAUAUGCGAGUCAUGAGGAGCAAAUGUCUCUACCGAUACGAUGUGUGGACAAUUCAAUAAAUUCGUCGAUAGUGCAAGAAUAUUGGAUUGAAUUUUUAAAGUACAAGUUGGUGAAUGCAAUAAACACUGUAAGUAAAUUUUUUCAAGCCAAAGAUAUGGAUAUUGAUGAAAUCAUCAAGCUUUUACGAGCACUUAUUUUGUUUCUUGAAAAGUACAGAGAAUAUGGAUUUAUUAGUGCCAUAGAUGAAGCUAAACAAAUGGCAAGUGAAAUGGGAAUUGAGCAUUCAGACAAUAUUGGUGAUGACUUGUAUAAGGAGUUGACAGUCUUGAAAUGCUAUUUGUCUAAAGAAACAAAAAGAGCAAUUGAUGUGUUAAAUUACCUAAAGAAAAUGAAUGGUUGUUUUCAAAACGCAUGCGUUGCUUACAAGAUUUUGCUCACCAUACUAGUUACAAGUGCAUCAUCAGAAAGAAAAUUCUUCAAGUUGAAAUUGAUUAAAACUUAUCUCUGA